AUGGCCCCACUGUCGAGCGAAGAACUCUCGGUUCUGUGCGUUUGGCUGCACCAGUUUCAUUUAUCGAAAUCAAUCAAACACUUUACCCGCGACAUGUCGGAUGGUGUUCUUGUGGCAGAGAUUCUGAAGUGCCUGUUUCCCAAGCUGGUGGAUUUGCACAACUACUCGAAGUGUAAUUCCACAGCCAACAAGCUGAGCAACUGGCAAACGUUGAACCGCAAGGUACUGCGACGUCUGAACAUAUAUCUUGACGACGCAAUGAUCAUGGAUCUCGUCAGCGGAAGCAACGGCAUCAUGGAGAUACUGCUAAACGAACUGAUGGUCCGAACCACUCGGACAUAUGCGUAG